GUUUGGACAUUCCAGACGCCAUGACCGCCAUAGCCACUGCUGCGGCUCUGUCCUUGCCAGUCUUUCCAAGUAAAUCAUCCAAGUUUACCACUAAAAAGGGCAGUAAAGGUUGUUUUAGAGUGUUUGCGGUCUUUGGGGAGGAAGGUGGAUUGGUAAAUAAGAAAAGCCCCUGGAGUUCAAUCUUUGAUGUGGAGGACCCAAGGCCCAAAGUCCCACAGUGUAAAGGGAAGUUCUUGAAUGUAAAUCAGGCCUUGGAAGUGGCUAGAUAUGAUAUUCAGUACUGUGAUUGGCGUGCUCGGCAAGAUUUACUCACAAUCAUGCUCCUUCAUGAAAAGGUCGUGGAAGUUUUGAAUCCUCUAGCUCGUGAAUACAAGUCUAUUGGGACCAUGAAAAAGGAACUCGCUGAUUUGCAAGGAGAACUAGCUCAAGCUCAUAGACAGGUUCAUAUAUCUGAAGCAAGGGUUUCCACUGCUUUAGAUAAACUAGCUUACGUGGAAGCACUGGUUAAUGAUAGGCUGUUGGAAGACAAAACCACAGUAGAAUCCAAUCCAGCAUCCCCAUCCUGCAGUAGUUCCACACAAUCUUUGGAUGCUGUGAAGAGAAAGAUGCCCGGUAAAAGCUUGAAUGUGUCAGGUCCUGUUCAACCCUACCAUUCUCGCUUAAAGAACUUCUGGUACCCUGUUGCUUUCUCCAACAAUCUGAAGGAUGAUAUGAUGAUUCCAAUUGAUUGCUUUGAGGAACCUUGGGUUAUUUUUCGGGGAAAAGAUGGGAAACCUGGAUGUGUCCAGAACACUUGUGCGCACAGAGCAUGUCCACUUCAUCUUGGUUCAGUCAAUGAGGGUCGCAUCCAAUGUCCCUACCAUGGGUGGGAAUACUCAACUGAUGGAAAAUGUGAAAAAAUGCCAUCAACUAGAUUACUUAACGUGAAGUUAAGGUCAUUACCCUGUUUUGAGAAAGAAGGCAUGAUCUGGAUUUGGCCUGGUGAUGACCCUCCAUCUGCCAUGCUUCCUUCCUUACAGCCUCCUACAGGAUUUGAAAUCCAUGCUGAGAUUGUGAUGGAACUUCCAAUUGAACAUGGGUUGCUUUUGGAUAACCUUUUGGAUCUAGCACAUGCCCCUUUUACUCACACUUCCACCUUUGCAAAGGGAUGGAGCGUUCCCAGUCUGGUGAAAUUUUUGACACCUGCAUCUGGCCUCCAAGGAUACUGGGACCCUUAUCCCAUAGAUAUGGAAUUUAAACCACCUUGCAUGGUACUAUCAACCAUUGGGAUAUCAAAACCUGGAAAACUGGAGGGGCAGAAUACCAAGCAAUGUGCAACACACCUUCAUCAACUUCAUGUGUGCUUACCUUCAUCAAGACAAAAGACAAGACUCUUAUACAGAAUGUCACUGGAUUUUGCUCCUGUACUAAAGCACAUUCCUUUCAUGCAGUAUUUAUGGAGGUAUUUUGCAGAGCAGGUCUUGAAUGAGGAUCUGCGACUCGUAGUUGGCCAGCAGGAGCGGAUGAUUAAUGGGGCAAAUGUCUGGAAUCGGCCGGUAGCUUAUGAUAAGCUAGGAGUGAGGUACAGAUUUUGGAGAGAUGCAUUGCAACAGGGAGUGAAGCAAUUACCCUUCAGCAAUUCACUGUAAAUUCUAGCCCAAGGCUGAAGCCUCAGAUUAGACAUGCCUAAUGGCUUCAUUAGAGCUAGCUAAACUCCACAGGUGAAAUUAGACAUGAUCUACGGUAUCAAACGCACUUUUAUGACUGGAUUCGGCACUCAGGAUUACACAGCAAAUAACUGCUUACGAGGUAGAGGGAGUUGGUUUCUCCUGCAACUAUCCAAGGAAGCCUUGUAAAUUGGAUUAACUGUACCCUAUUUUCAUAGUUCUUUGUGUGCAGUUAGAAGCCCCCAUUUUUUUAUCAUCCUUCUUCCAUAUCCCAGCCCAGUGAAGACAUCCUGAUGAUCCUUUUGCAGCCUCAGACAUGUCUGAACUCUGAUCUCCUGUGAGAGGGAUAACUCAUUUGAUUGCAUCACCAAUGUUCACUGGGGAUUACUGGUCAUUGCAUUCUUGAACAGUUGAAACUGAAUCACAUAUUCAUGAUUAAAAAGGGCUAUUCUUU